AUGACGGCUAUUUCUGCUAAAGAGACACUCAAGCGCAACAAGGCUGUAUCACGCAUGAUUCACCUUGCAGAAGCAUUUUGUUUGAUACUUGAAGAUAUUGAUGUAGUUUUAGCACAAUAUAGAAAUAUUGAAGAACACGACUGGGAGAACAAAGACGCCACCACCAAAUUUUGGUGCGAAGUUUUCAAAUACAAGGAUCCUGCUGGAAUCAACUUGUACCAAGAAGGAGGAUGGUAA